AUGGCAUCUUUUUCAACAUUCACAGGAAAAGUUAAAAAAACAAUAAAACUUGGUGCAGAUUAUGCCGAAAAUAAAUGGAAUGAAAGCUCUACAAUUACAAAAGCAUGCAUUUUUGGCGUACCAAUUGCUAUGAUAGCGCCAUUGGCUAUAAUACCUGUUUUAGGUGCGGCUGGAUUUACAUCAGCUGGUGUAGCAGCCGGUAGUUUAGCAGCAUCUAUCCAAACAGCAACAACAGCAUCUGGAAGUAUUUUUGCUUUAUGUCAAUCUGCUGGAGCAGUUGGUGCUGUAGCUGCAUCAACAUCCGUUGGUGUAGGACUUACAGCUGGUGCUACUGCAGGUGGUAUAACUGCAGCCGUUUGUAGAAAACAUGAUUCCAAUAAUAAGAGUGACAAGAACACCCAAACUGGAGAUGAUAAUGAAAAAGAUAUUGAAAAUAAUAUUAUUGUAGCUACAUCAACAUCUGUCGAUGUAGGACUUGAAGCUGAUAUUACUACAGAUGAUGUAACAACAGCAGUUUGCAGUGAAAAGGAUUCUGUUAAUGAGAACGACAAGGAAACGCAAACUGAAGAUAAUAUCAAUGAAGCAUCUGAUUCUUUACGAGUAGUUGAUUUAGAUAUUUCUUUUUCUGAAACAUGGAAAUAG